UAUGUUCCUUCCUAGAAGAAUAUUAUGGUGUUUUUGGUCAUUUUCAUCUUCUUUCUUUUUUAGUUCUUCCUUUACUUCUUCAUUUGUUCACAAAUUUCUUGUAUCAGACUAGAUUACCCAAAUAUUCAUCUCUAGUAUUUUGCUUUCUCUACCUUCUUCAAACUCAGUUAUCAUGGCUUCUACUUCUUCAUCAGCCCCUCCCUGCAAGUACGAUGUUUUUAUUAGUUUUAGAGGCAAAGAUACCCGUUAUGGUAUUCUCUCCCAUCUCUUUGAAGCUUUGCAGCGAAAGCAAAUCAAUGCCUUCUUGGAUGAAGAACUUCGUAAAGGAGAAGAGAUCUCACCAGCUCUCUUGAAAAUAAUCCAAGAAUCCAGUGUCUCAAUUGUCAUUUUCUCUGAAAAUUAUGCAGGUUCUGCAUGGUGCUUGGAUGAGCUUGUUGAGAUACUUAAAUGCAGGGAAGAAUCAGGACAAAUAGUCCUGCCAGUUUUUUACAAAGUAGAUCCCACUGAGGUUCAAGACCUGACAGGGAAUUUCGGGAAGGCACUUGCUAUGCAUGGAGAAAAAGGCAAUUCACAGAAGGUGGACAGCUGGAAGCGUGCUUUGAUGGAAGUAAGCAACUUUGCAGGAUGGGAUUUACAGGAAAUCAAAUAUGAGGCCAAAUUGGUUGAGGGAAUUGUCAAUGAUGUUCUGAAAAAAUUUAGUGAUAUGUCUCAAGGUGAUGAUUCUUAUGGUCUCAACUUGAUUGGAAUUAAACAGCGUGUGGAAGAAGUGGAACGGUUGUUAAAUGAGAAGCAGAUUGUAGGAAUUUGGGGGAUGGGAGGCAUUGGUAAAACAACUAUUGCACAAGAAGUAUUUCAUCGAAACAAGAAUAAAUUUGAUGGUCAUUGUUUCGUUGAAAAUGUUAGGAAAACAAUGACAAAGCAAUCAUCAAAUUCAGUGCAAGUCAAAAUCAUUCAACAAUUAUUAAGGGACAAACAUGUAGACAGUUUGAAUGAUUCUACUAGGAGAAGGCUUAAGAGUAAGAAGGUAUUGAUUGUUUUUGAUGAUGUAGAUGAUCGAAACCAUUUAAAAGAUUUAGCAGGAGAGUGUGAUUUGUAUUGUGAGGGAAGUAGAAUCAUCAUAACUAGUAGAGAUUCACACGUACUUAAUUCUGAUUUUUCAGAGAAAGGCGUAUAUGAGGUUGAGAAGUUAAUUGAUUCUCAAAGUAUGGAACUCUUUAGCUUGCAUGCCUUCAACCAAAAUCUUCCUAAGGAAAAAUAUUUGGAGCUAUCAAAGAAGGUGACAAUCUAUGCUAGAGGCAAUCCACUAGCUCUUAAAGUUUUGGGAUCUCAUUUAUUUCGUAGGACGAUAAAAGAAUGGGAAAGUGAAUUGGAAAAAUUGGAAGGCAAAUCUCUUCUUCAAAUAUUGGAAGAGAAAUCGAAGAAAAGAAGAAUAAAUAAUGAGGAGGAAGCUUCUUCUUCUUCUUCACUCGAUCGAAAUCUCUCUCUAUCUCUUCCUGCUUCCUCUUAA